UCUCCACAAUAAGUCUUAAUUCUAUCCAAAACUCGGAUUUUGCAGAGAGGAACUCAGGAUGUACUGUCGCGGCCUCUGCGCCCCGCUUCUAUCUCUCAUCCCGACCGCCGCCGGGACUCCUCGCUUCUUCCCCUGCAAUCUCUGCUUCUCUCUCUCCUCCGCCUCCCUCCGCCUCUAUCGCCCCCGCCGUCCUCGACACUUCACUAUCAUCCGCUGCGUGCCCCCGCCUCCCGCCGGUGAAUUUUACGGCGAAGCUGACUCCCUGGACGAGGAUCAAGACAUUUCUGACGACGAUGAUGGCGAGGAGGAGGAGGACUACGAAACUUCUACUCUCGACGUGGAAGCGCUCGAGGAAGAAGCACGAUUCGCCGUUCGAGAGUAUUCCCAAUCUCUAUCCCGUGAUUUGAGAAUUGACGAUGAAGAACAUAAUCAAAAGGAAACUAGCGGAAGGCAGAAGAGGCGUAAGAGUACUACUAGAAAUAUCCCUCAUAAUCUUCUUCCGAAGGUUGCCAUUGUUGGAAGGCCAAAUGUUGGUAAAUCAGCACUAUUUAAUCGGCUUGUUGGGGGUAACAAAGCAAUUGUAGUGGAUGAACCCGGGGUCACCAGGGAUCGCUUGUAUGGUCGAUCCUUUUGGGGGGACUAUGAAUUUAUGGUAGCAGAUACUGGAGGUGUUCUCACAAUCUCCAAGUCCCAGGCUGACGUUAUGGAAGAAUUAGCUAUCUCAACAACCAUAGGUAUGGAGGGGAUUUCACUUGCCACCAGAGAGGCAGCUGUUUCUAGGAUGCCUUCAAUGGUUGAGAGACAGGCUACUGUAGCAGUGGAAGAAUCAUCAGUCGUUAUAUUUCUUGUUGAUGGCCAGGCAGGUCUUACAGCAGCUGAUGUGGAAAUAGCAGACUGGCUUCGGAAGAACUACUCACACAAGUAUAUCAUUCUUGCUGUGAAUAAGUGUGAAUCUCCACGUAAAGGAAUCAUGCAAGCAUCGGAAUUCUGGUCCUUGGGCUUUCAGCCUCUUCCUAUAUCGGCUCUUUCCGGAACUGGAACAGGAGAGCUUCUUGAUCUUGUUUGUUCAGGACUGAGAAAAAUAGAGUCACAGGACUCAGAGAAUAUGGAUGAUGAAAAUUAUGUUCCUGCUAUUGCAAUAGUUGGCCGACCAAAUGUUGGUAAAAGUAGCAUUUUGAAUGCAUUAGUUGGAGAUGACAGGGCAAUUGUCAGUCCUGUCAGUGGUACUACUCGUGAUGCUAUUGAUACUGAAAUUACUGGACCAGAUGGACAGAAAUUCCAGCUUAUUGAUACUGCUGGAAUAAGAAAAAGAGCCUCAGUAGCUUCAUCGGGCAGCACAACCGAGGCUUUAUCUGUUAAUCGGGCUUUUCGUGCCAUUCGUCGUUCUGAUGUUGUCGCACUUGUCAUCGAGGCCAUGGCCUGUAUCACAGAGCAGGAUUGGAGGAUUGCUGAAAGGAUAGAAAGAGAAGGAAAGGGUUGCCUGAUUGUAGUAAACAAAUGGGACACAAUACCAAAUAAAAACCAGCAAACUGCAAUGUAUUAUGAGCAAGAUGUUCGAGAGAAGCUACGCCUUCUUGGAUGGGCACCUAUUGUUUACUCAACUGCAAUAGCUGGGCAUAAUGUUGAGAAGAUCCUUGUUGCUGCGAGUAUUGUUGAAAAAGAGAGAUCAAGAAGGCUAAGCACUUCAAUAUUAAAUCAAGUGGUACAUGAGGCUGUAGCUUUUAAGUCUCCUCCAAGGACCCGAGGUGGCAAGAGGGGCCGUAUUUAUUACUGCACUCAGGCUGCUAUUAGGCCACCCACGUUUGUUUUCUUUGUGAAUGAUGCAAAACUUUUCCCAGAGACAUAUAGACGUUUCAUGGAAAAGCAACUACGGUCAGAUGCAGGAUUUUCUGGGACACCUAUUCGUCUCUUGUGGCGCAGCAGAAGAAAAAUGACAAAAGGAAGGGAUUCAGCAAGGAGAGAAGAAAAUUUCACACCACAGCACAAAAAGUUGGUCAUAGCUACGUGAACUGGUAAACUGGUUCCAUCAUCCGAGGAUCAGCUGGGAUAUCUUCUAUACUCUAUAAAUUGUUUGUGAAGGUUUCUGUAGACAAAACAAAUUCAUGAUGGAACUUUGAUUACUACUCCUGAGGUUAAGAAUGUGGGCUGCUCCAUGGCAUUGAAUCCAUUCUGCUUUCCCUGAUUACGAUUGGUGUAAGCUCUGAGCAAAGCGAGACACCAGAAAGAGUGCGAUUACAGUGAUCAUGAUAUCGAUGUGAUGACUAUUAUGGCCGUAAUUAAACCUAUGAAGCUUGCCCUAUGGGGAUUCUGCUAAAAUUCCGAGUCAUUUUGCAGUUUGUAUUGUAAUUAUGUAGAGAAGUUAAUUAGUGGGGCAAUCCCUUUGUCAGCUUAUGUCCUUUGUGUAGGCAGGAGAAGGAAGCAAACUUGCAAUGUUUUUGCAGCAUCUUAUAUAUUCUGUAGCAUAGGAAUGGUUAAUCAUGUGUAAAAACUCACUUUCUAAUCUAUCCAUAGUUCUCUGAUUUGGUAAAUUUACCAUUGGUAGAACUUUUUCUUUGGCAUGGAGCA